AUUUGUGUAGUGAUCAUUUACGAGAUAAUAAUAUUAUUUUAUAUAUUAUUAGUAUUGAGUAGUUUAUAAUCUUUCCAUUUGUUAAUUGUGUGUAUUUUUUAUGUUCGCGACAAAUGACAAUAUUUUUAUGGGAUUUUGCAAUAUUAGUACGAAUUUUUUGUAACGAAUUUUAAAUUUUAAUUAUAAUGAAUAAUUUGAUUCUGCAUACCAUUUAAUAAGAUUUAUCUCAGUGCUAUUUGGAUGUUUUAAAAUAUAGGGCUCUCCUCUUGAUGUGUAAGUGAACAGCUGUAAAAAGAUUAGUGUGAAGUAUUCUGCCAAAAGUGAAUAAAUCUCGAGAUGUUUUCCAAUGGUGUACUACAGUCUUGGAUCCAGCGGUCAAUAGGUACAGAAAACUUUAGUUUCACUGUUGAAAAUACGACUCAAAAAGGUGAGGGUUACAUAGGGGAUCUAUUUUUUGUUAAAAUUGAUUUACAACAACCCAUUAAUGAAAAAGACGUUCUUCAUCUGGUCGUAAAGACAAACAAGAAGAAUCCUGGAGCAGAAAAAUCUGUUGCUAUAGUGCAAGAGCUUUGCCAGAGAGAAGUGUUCUUUUACAGCACAAUUCUUCAAGAAUACCAGCAAUUCCAACAAAAUGAUAAAAAGCUUACAGUUCUUUUCGACAUAGUACCCAAGUGUUAUAAAACGUUUUCGGAAAAUAACAACGAAGUGAUUAUUUUAGACAAUUUAAAGAAAGCAGGCUAUAUGCUACAUCCAAGAGAACAACCCAUGAAUAAUGCCCACCUGGAAAUGGGCCUGAGAUCUUAUGCAAAGUUACAUGCCCUAUCUUUCGCUCUAAAAGAUCAAAAGAAAGACAUAUUUGAAAGUGUUUCAAAGAACUGCAAUUCUUUAAUACAGGAGAUGUUUUUAAAUUUUCAAACAAUUUUUGAUACAAAGACAACGGCGUUAGUAGAAACUCUCAAAGAAGCUGGUAGACCUGAUUUGUCGAGCAUAUUUGAAAAAUAUAUAAACGAGAAAAGCAUUUAUCACAGAUUUAUGGAAGUGUGUAACACUAUUUCCAAAGAUCAAGCAUUAAUCCAUGCUGACUGCCAUAAUGGGAAUAUGAUGUUUCAAUAUAAGGAUAAUGAUAAAUCAGUUCCACAUCACAUGGUUUUGAUAGAUUUCCAAGCAGUUUGUCUUCAUUCACCAGUAAUCGAUCUGUCCUAUUUUAUUUACAUUAAUUUACCACCAACUGAUUUUCCAAAACUCAAAGAUUUUGUGGAAUAUUACUAUACUGAAUUUUGCUCAUACUUAAAAGAAUUAGGUAGUGACGCUAACAAGGUGUUUCCACGAAGCGUUUUUGAAGAACAUUUAAAAAAAUACCUGCCAUAUGGAGUACUUAUAACACUACCUUUCUUGGAGUUAUUAUACCUUGAUAGUGAUGAAACGCCAGAGCUGGUUGAUGAAGAAAGCAAUGAGUUCCUUGCAGCUUUCAAUAAAAAAUUAAACAUAAAAUCACGAGAUGAAUAUUUGAUACGUAUAGCGGCACUGGUGGAUAGCUAUUUUAAUGGUCCACAUGCGUAAAGAAAAACUUACCCUGGAUUUUUAAUCAAUAUUAUUAGUCCUCUAUGAGUUUACAAUAUUUGUAACAAUGAUUUCAAUAAAGUAUUAAUCUAUUUUUCAACACUA